GCAUAUCCUCACGACGCGGUUUGUCUUAGCGCGCUGCCCGUACUCUUCUCUCUGCUCUGCUAGGGCAACAACAACGACAACAACAAAAUCAAAAAAGAGCAGCGACAGGCCCAGCAACUCUCUCCUCCUGUCUCGCUCGCGCGCGCGCGCGCGCAUCGGUGAAUCGGAAUCUCGAGCAGGAGCGCCCCUCAGAUUCUCCGCAAUCCAGCAAUCGCCAUGUCUCAGGUGGACAACCGGAAUUCUCAAGCCGUCAAGCGCGCUCGGACCGACGGUAGCCGCAGGGAAGAUGAUUGGACUUGCCCUAGUUGUGGAAACGUUAACUUUUCAUUCAGAACAACGUGCAACAUGCGGAAUUGCACUCAACCGAGGCCAGCAGAGCAUAAUUCGAAAUCUGCCAUGAAGCCCAUGCACACAGCCCAGGGUUUUUCCUCCACAUCUCCAUACAUGGGUCCUGGGUCUCCUUCCUCUAUGAUUAUGGGUGUGCCACCUUAUGGCUCUUCUAUUUUCCAUGGUCCCUCCAUUUCUCCCUAUGAGGUCCCUUUUCCUGGGGGCUCUGCAUAUCCUUACGGUUAUGGCAGCCGUCUUUCUCCUGGCAGCCCUUACAGAUCACUACACCUAUCUGGACCGGCACCGUAUUCAAGUGGACCCAUGAUGGGAAAUGGGAUGUAUAGUAUGCCCCCUAUGAUGGAUCGAUAUGGGUUACGGUUGCCCAUGGCACCCAGUGGUAUGGGACCAAGGCCAGGGCUGUAUCCAGAUGAUAAAAGCCAUAGAAAAGGUGGAGAUGCAAUGCGGGAUGAUGAUUGGACUUGCCCGAAAUGUGGAAAUGUCAACUUUUCCUUUAGACCAGUUUGCAACAUGAGGAAGUGCAAUACUCCUAAGCCCGGAUCCCAGGUUUCAAAGUCUGAUAAAAGUUCAAAACAAAAAAUGCCAGACGGAAGCUGGAAGUGUGAGCAAUGUGGAAACAUAAAUUAUCCGUUCAGAACAAAAUGUAAUAGACAAAACUGUGGGGCUGAAAAGCCUGCUGAGCCUGAAAAGUCCCCUUCCCAGGACAAGGAUGAAAAUGAACAGUGAGUACUAGGACAUACAUGAGGGUUGAGAAGGUCCAGAGUCGUCGUCCAGCAUUGCCCAGUAUGGUUGUCUCAAAGUCAGUCUUGUUGUCCUCGUGUUGCAGUUGUUUUCAAGUUACUCAACCUUCCCAUGAAGUGUGGAGGUCAUUGUAAUGGAAUGUUUUGUCUUUGUGGAUCCGUUUGAUGAAUAAGGUGCUAGCGAGUUAGCAUUGGACGUAAUGUUGAGGUUGGUUCCAGUUGUCCUAGGUCAUUAUGCUCUUGCCGCAAAGUUCCCUAUUCCAGUUGGUGCAAUAAUGCCAAUGUACACUCAGUCUUUGUCGCUGGCUAAGAUAGGGGUAGGGUGUUACUUCUUUUCCUUGGUUCAGUUAAUCAUUUAUGUGGUGAAGUACUUUCAUUGUCCUAAAGCCUGGAAUUUGUGAGUUUUGAAUUAUGGUGAAGUCAUUUGUCUAUAGCUAUUAUGACAUUUUGAAGUCGCCUUUUCGGCAGCGCAGUGUGCUGAUUAUUGAUAAUUUCUGUUAGGAAGUGCUUUGUCCUGCAUCCAUGCAUCAAUACUAGGCUAUCACAACCCUUUCAAGGUUUAGUCGUGAAAUGAUAGACUUGAUCGGGGCCAACUGCUAGUGUAAUUCCUGUUUUUAAUGUGAAAAACUUCUUGCUUUUGUGAGGAUAGUUACAUGUGCCGCAAAGGGGUCUUGGAGUUUGAGGCUAUCCUGUGUGUAUAUCCGUGCUGUCACUUUUGUGUUGCUUCAGUUUCAACCUGUUUUCUUUCUCAUAUGGUUAAUGUGGAGAGAGGGGUCCUGAACGCUAUUCUUGCUACGAAGGUCAAAUUCUGUUUUUUGUCGAAAACAACAGAAGGGUGUCAUCCAUAAUGAAAUCUAUCAUAACUUAAGCAUAGGGUUACUGUGCUAUGGAUCUAUGACUUAGCUGUACUUUUGGUUGGUUUCUUCCAAAUCAAGUGGCUGACGUGCAUGCAUGUGUGAACUGGCCGUUUAUAUAUGACUUGUGCGCAAUUUUAGAUUUUUCUGCUUAAGCUUUUAGCUCUCUACCAUGGCUAUGGACUUGACAGAUUGCAAUCGCUCAUCUGUAUUUGAGGCCAGUGGUUGUAUUUAAUGAAAACUGAUUAUGACAUUGCUUUGUUUAUUAGAUUUAAACCUCAUUUUUCUAGUAAGAGAAGGCAAAGCAUUUUUUGACUUUUUGUGUUUGAAGAACCGCAAAUUUUGACUUAUGAUCUAGCAUUUGAAAUCUCUAGAAGCAUCUGAAUGAAUAAGAUUUAAAGUUGCCUUGAUUUCUUUUCGCAAAAUUUUGGCGGGACUCGAAGAGGACCCUGGUUUGGGGGCUGCGGAGCUAGUGUAUCGUUGCUGCACCACCACCAAUAUCGUUUCUACUCUUUUCACGGACAGUCUAGUUUAAACUUUUAACGCUAGCUAGUUUAUUUUGAUCAAAGCUUUUAAAUUCCAUUCUUGUAACAUUAAUUGCUGUUAUAUGAUCGAUUAAGCA